AUGCAGGAAGAAAGAUUAUCAGUAACUUCAUUGGAGGGUAUUCACGUCAUUUUGAAGGAACUGAGAACAAAGUGGAAACAAGGAAUAGGAAUAAACAGAACUCAAGAAUACACAAGCCUUGUUAAAUUAUGCUUUGUUAGUGAUACUUCUCUCAAUUUGGCUGCGUCUAGAAGUAUUCUUUAUCUUUUAAAAUGGGAAAUGAUAGAUGCUCAGACACUCCUUGGAUCAUUAGCUUCAGUUUCAGGAGAGGCUAAGAAUGUUUCAGCUGUUGUUAACUUUUUGGCCAGAGUUAUUCUAGAUUCGAAUAAAAAUGAACUACAUAAUUAUAUUAGGUUUAUUAGUCAUAUUAUUUCGGUUAAUAAACCUGCUGUACACUAUGUACUCUCGGUAUUUGAUGAAUUGGAAGUUAAAGAAGUUGUUGGAAAAUUUAAACCAGUCAUCAACGAUCUUCUUUUCAAUCCAAAUAGUGAUCGGCUGCUUUCAUGGCUAAAAAUAACAAAUAGAGUAGAUGUUCAUCUGCAUCACACUUUCUUACAUUGGCUUAAGUACACGAAUCCUGAAGACUGUUCAUUUGCUCUUAUUUCUCUCAACAAAAUUUCACUUGGAAAUAUUCAAAAAUGUUUCAUUCUUUCAAGUGUUAUACAUCAUCAAAUGUUUUUGGCUUGCAAUCCUGUUGAAGCAUUAGCAUUACUUAAGUCUUUGUUUCCACAUGUUGGGGUUCAGACACAUUCAAUCAUUAUACUCACUAUAUUACAUGGAAUGGAGGGUUAUUCAAAAAUGCAUUUAUCUGUGAUAAUAGAUUUUUGUAAUUGGUUUCUAGAGAACUUUACUGCAUGGAAUGAAAUUCUAUGGUUCAUGUUGGUUACACUAAUACCAUUAACAGAAAAAAAUGUUUUUUCUCCUACAUGCCAUUUGAAAGUUAAUACACUGAUAGAUAGAAUAAAUGAAAAUAUAAUUCACAAUAAAACAAUUGAGAUGAUCAAUAUUAAGUCAAUUGUUUUGAGAUAUACUGUUCAUAGACAUAAUUGCAUUCAUGAGUCAGUGCUUUUGUUAAGACUAAUGAAAUCAUUCUCCAAGGAUGAAAAAUUGUUAAAUUUUUGGUUAAAAAAAAUAUUGGACUAUGAACCUACAAGAUCAAUUAAGGUACUUAUCAUGAUGUAUUUCAUAUCUGGUGAUGUUGAUACUAGAAAAAAUUGUUUAUCUGUGAUGUCAAAAUGGGGCUUUGGUAAUGUCAACAUUUUCUUAUAUCAAUUGAAAAAAGAAAACAAUCCAGUAUUACAAUAUGACAUUUUGAUAAUCUUAGCAGCUAUGGGUAAAGAAAAGUCUGGGUGUGUCAUUUUUAAAAAACUGCAAAAAUCUAUUGAGGGCGAAAAACAUGAAAAUAGUUAUACAAUGUGUGCAGAAUUAUAUCAUCAUGCAUGGAUUAGAGAUGUCACAUAUGAUGCAAGUUUAGUAGAUAUUUUAUUAAAACCCGAGUCAGAACAUAUAACAGAAAUUGUACAAGCAGCAGCUAUGAAAAAUAUUGCAUUAAGAGGUAACUGUUUUGAAGAAUUGAUCCCUUUGGCUAACAGAAUCAUUAACAACUCAAGAAAUAAUAAUGGUACAUUAGCAACAGCUUUUGCUAUUGAUACUAUUUCAAUACUAUGUGAAAGGGGAUACCUAGAUGUUACCAUUUUAUGGGAACAAUUCAUGCGACUUGUUGGUGGUGAUAAACAUCCUGCCGUUCAGAAAAGUGUUUGUGAUUUCCUCUCAAAAAUUCCUUUAAUUGUUACCAAAUCUGAUGACACUAAUAAUAUUAUAUAUAGAUCUGCUAGAAUACUUUGGCAUUUUAUGACCAAUCUCUCUUUUGACCAGGAUUCUGCUGCUAGAAGUCUGAAAGAAUAUGAUUUAGAAGAUUUUGAUUCAUCAUUUCUGUCAGAAAAAUGUAAAAAACAUGUUAAAUCUAACGAUGUUACAUUUAUACCUAGUAGCUGUUGGCUGCAUCUUUUCAUAGAAAAUGACGUAGUUGAUACGUUUGUUCAUUUAAUAAAUAAGAAAUCAAAAAAAGCCAAAUUUACUGGAAACUACUGUACAUUAUUUAAUGGAAUCACAGAAUCAUUAAGAAAUUUACUUCAAAAUAUUAGUUUAAAUAAAGCAGAUAGUGAGACAACUUACGUUAUUAUUUGUUUGAAAAUCCUAGGUGCUAAAUGGAAAAAUUUGCCUCCUGGCAAAGAUAUAAGUUUCGUUGAGGCUUUAUUGUAUCAUUCAAAUCCUGAAAUAAAAAAAUUGUCAUUAUAUGCAACUCUAAAUCUAUAUCCAAUAAAUGAUACAGCUAAAAAUAUGUUUGAAAAUUUUUUGCAAAAAAAACAGUAUAGUGCUAAAGAGAAUAGUAUCUUUUGUCUUCUACCAUCACAGUUUUUAGCUAAACACAGGGAAGAAAAUAUAGAAAUAUUAUUUGAUGGUGCUUAUGCUGGAUUAUGCAAUCAAGAUUCAAUUGGUGAAUCAUUACAUUUAAAUAUCUUAGAAGUAUUUAGAACAUGUGCUGAGGAUACUUCUUGUUCACGCAUUUGCUCCCGAAUAAUUAUGAUUAUAAUGGUGAAGCUGUGGCUAAAAGUUCCUUUUAAUAAUCUUAUAUUUCCUUCAAUAAAUAAAUUCCUAGCAGAAGUUUAUGGCAAUCCUUUGGUAAAAUCUAUGCCUCUUGAUUCAUCAUCACACGAAAUAUGCACAAAGUUUGUUUAUCUUAGUACAGAGGUAACUUUAAGCAUCAAAUCACUCUAUGGUUUUGAUGUGGCUGUUAAAAUGGGUUUAAAUGAUCAUAGGACUCGAGGUCUGAUUCUUCAAUGCCUCAUAAAGGUUUUAAAUGGUAUUGGUACAGAAAAAAGAGAGCGAAACAUUAAGUGGCUAGUAAGACUAUUGUGUACUAUAUCCAUGCAUCCUGAUGAUUUCCUUUGUCAAAUUCUAGUUCAUUGUGCUAGUUUUCUGUCUGAUAGCAAUGUAUUCUUUGUCCAAGAAUCACUUAUGACUAGUAUAGAUCUCUUUCCUUUGGCUAUUGUAAAAAUAAGCAAACUACGAAAAAUUGCCAAAAACGUCAUAUUGACGCUAAAUGAAAUCAUUAAACAAAGGCAAGUUCAUUCUACUUUCAUUGAAGUAUUUAAACUUAGUAUCAUGGCUCUCAGAGAUGAUCCAAAUAUUUCUUUCGAUUCUGUUGUAAAAAAAGUAAUGGAAUCAUGA